UCCAAAACGCGGAAGUGGUGCUUGUUUUGGUUUUCGUGCCAUGGAUGGAGGUCAGAAAACCCGGUUUUAGAAUAAUACAAAAUCGUAAACGUCACGGAGGGAACCCGAUAUAGUCUGAUAUUUCUUGAAAAUGUUCGGGAAGCCUUCAGGUUAUGAGUAUCAGUCAUUAUCGCAGAGAGAUACAGAGUGCAGUAAAACUCCUGGACUGUUCUCAUCUCACUCGGUAUUGACUCACGGUCAAUAUGAUCAGAGAGGACAUUCAUUUGAUUAUGUGCCUAAAGUCUCUCAAAACGACUUCACAGAUAAAUCUCAAGGAUUGUUGUCCUGGAUUUGCAAUCUGAUCGUAACGUUCCUGGUUUUUCUCAUCACAUUCAUAACCUUUCCCAUAUCUGGAUGGUUUGUCUUAAAGGUUGUACCAAACUAUGAAAGAAUUGUUGCGUUUCGUCUGGGUCGGAUCCGUCCUCCUAAAGGUCCAGGAGUGGUUCUGGUUUUACCCUUGAUUGAUCAGUGGCAGAAAGUGGACCUCCGGACCAGGGCCUUUAACAUCCCACCCUGCAAGGUGGCCACUAAAGAUGGUGGUGUGGUUUCGGUUGGAGCCGAUAUUCAGUGGAUCUGGAGUCCAGUGAUGUCAGUGGUGGCCGUGCAGGAUCUAAAUGCCUCCACCCGUCUCACCGCGCAGAACGCCAUGAUGCAGUCGCUGAGCAAAAAGACACUGAGAGAGAUACAGACAGAGAGAUUCAAACUCGGGGAGCAUCUCGGGAUGGACAUGAAUGAGAUGACAAAGCCGUGGGGGCUGGAAGUGGACCGGGUGGAGCUGAUCCUGGAAGGUGUGCUCCAGGAUCCAAAUGGGGGCCACUCGGGGCCCUUCAUUAUGCCUCCUUCUGUCCCAGGGUUAGAAAGUCUCACUGGACCCAUACAGCAGCUCGCCAUGCAUUUCCUGAGCCAGACAGCUGCGUCUGAAACCAGCAAAGGAGAUACUGUGAGUUUUACCAAUGAGCUAAAUUCAGCUGCAGCUGUGAGUUGUAGCAGUGUGGAUGGACUGAUGUCUGCAGUCAGAUCAGUGCUGUCAGAGGAGCUGGUCAAUCAAGUGGGAGCCUGUUAUCACUUUCAGAUCAACACUGACUCUGGACAGACUAACAACUACUACAUGGAUCUGACACAAGGUCGUGGGGCGUGUGGUGCGGGUGUCCUGCCGAGAGAGCCGGAUGUUUCUCUGUGCAUGAGUGAGCAUAAUCUGUUGGCCAUGUUCAAGGGUGACCUGCGUCCAUUUGUUGCCUACAGUAGCGGCAGUCUGAGAGUUCAAGGAGAUUUGAACACUGCCAUGAGGCUGGAAGCACUCAUCAAACUACUCAAACCAACAUGAAGGGAUACAAU